AUGAGCGACAACGACGACGAGUGGAACGGCUUUUCUGACGACAACGGCGAAGACGACGGUCCGCCAGAGCCCGGCCGCCCCAGCCAAAUUGAUGGACAGCCGUGGGAUGUUCCGGACAGUGCUCUUCUCCAGGGAGAUGUGAUCCCCAACCCGAAGGACAGCGAUUUCGCCACGGACUUCGCCAAGAUCGAGGAGCUCCAGGGAGCCAUCAACGCGUGGGCCAGAUCCCGAGGAUUUGCCGUGGUCCGCCGCCACGGUCGCAACAAGCAAGACGGUCUAUAUACACGCUUCGAUAUCCUGUGCGAUCGCUUCGGUAGUCCGCGCGCACCUCGUGGCGCCGGCGUUCGUGAGACGGCGACUCGGAAGUGCGACUGCAAGUGGAAGGCCGCCGCCUCUCGAACAAAGGAUGGCUGGCGAUUCCAUAGCCACCCUGACCCUCAGCACUCCGUCCACAACCACGGUCCAUCUCUUCAUCCAUCAGCUCAUACCCAACACCGCAUGUCAAACUCGGAGUCGCUCGAUACGAUCGCAGAGCUCAGCAACCAUGCCUCCAUCCGCGCCAGGGAGAUUCGAUCUGUUGUCAACCAGGAGCACGAUACCAUCUACACAAGGAAGGACAUCUAUAACGUUAGGGCUAAGAUGCGGAAGGUGAACCUCGAUGGGUAUACUGCGGCCGGCGCUCUCAUCAAGGCGCUUGAUAACGUCGACGGUGAUACGGCCAACCACUACGAGGUUGAGUGGGCUGACGCCGCAGAGACCAUCUUCUGUUCGUUGGUCUGGGGCUUCGAGAGCUGCCUCGAGGCUACGUCAAUCUACCACGACUGUAUGUUGAUCGACCUGACGUACAAUACGAACUACAUGGGGAUGCCACUGUACCAGGUCAAUUGCUUGACAUCUGUUGGCAAGACGUUGAGUACCAUGUUUGGCCUUGUAUCCGACGAGACCACACAGACCUUCAGAUGGCUCAUGAAGGCGACCAAGAAGCUCAGAGACAAGUUCAACAUACCGGAACCAGCAGUGAUAGUCACCGAUCAUUGCAAAGAGCUGAAGCAGGCCAUUUCAGAGGUCUUCCCUGACAGCCAACAACAGACCUGUAUCUUCCACGUUAUCAAGAACGUCAUGCUGAACACCAAAAGGAAGUUCAAGUAUCCUGGCCGUGACGAGGUCGACUCCGAGGACGAGGAGUAUCGCGCUGAUUUCGAGGAUUACGACGGCGUCUCCCCACAAGAGAGGGCAGCCAUGGAGAAGGACCACGCGGAGCGACUGCUCUCUCGCAACACCUCCACCAGCAAAGUCACUAAGCCAAUUAGUCACGAUCCCCGUGGUGUUGAGGAGAUGUUUAAGGCCAUGCAAUGGAUGAGUUGCCGCGACCAAUGGGCCCAUUGCUAUACUCGGCACUACCGGAACUUUGGAGUUCGAACGACCUCACCAACAGAGUCGAACAACAUGAGUAUCAAGAGCUAUCUAAUCAAUGGGAGGAGUAGCGCCUACUCUCUUGUAAGCGUAAGUCAAGAUCUCUGCAAGGAGCAAGUCCAGCAGAACGUUGAGGAGAUGGCAAAGCAGGCCAUCAGAGCGCGCCACGACUUCCUUAGUCGACCAUGGCUUGGGGCUUUGCCUUUGAGAGUCUCGUACAAAGCCCUCGAUUUGAUCGUCGGCGAGUACCGCAGAGCCAAAGCCGCGAUGCCCUCAACCAGACCAUCACAGUCAAUUCGCAGACCUCUCGAGCCUUGCCACCCGGAUACCUGCACGGCAACAAUCCAGUAUAGUAUACCCUGCCGUCAUGACAUCUAUAAGAAGCUCGCAGAAGGAGAGAGACUCGAACUCCGCGAAGUCCAUACCCAUUGGCAUCUCCAGAUGAGUCUUGUAAAGCCGCCCCUUCCUUCCGUUGAGGAUAACGUUGCUGACCCCAAGAUCGUCGAGAACCGCAAAGGUAGACCCAAGAACUCGGCAAGGCCACUGCCAGAUGGUCUGGGAAUACCCUCAUCGCCGAAGACCCCAAGAAGCCAAAGAAGAGACGGGACACAAGGGAGCCAAGGAAGCCAAGGACGAAGAACACCAGGAAGCACACCAGGCCCGCCACGAGGCAACGCUCCACGUCUGCAACCGAGUAUUCGCCGCGUUUUAUCUGCGCACGAGACCGUUGAGGAGCCUCGGCCGCCCCAGGCCGCUCCCAAGAGACGCGGCAGACCUCCAGGCAGCAAGAACAAGAAGAAGGACCAGGCGCCGGCGCCGGCGGAGAGUCAACUUUCAGCCGCUGAGCGAGCAGAGCCCAGAACAACGUUGGUGAUAGCUUCAGCUCCACGGAGAGGUCUUAGGGCAGCUCCGGCUGCAGAGACUACUGCCAGCGAGAAGCGCAAGGCGCAGGCGGGGGGGGACUCGGCGCCGGCACCCAAACGUACGAGGGCGACGGCCUCAACACCACGAGCUCAGUCAGACCAGGGCACAGGCAACGUGGCGAUACCCUCACUUCCAGCGCCAGCAGGUGCGCCAGGUGCGAGGGUCACCAGAUCUGGCCGCGCGGUCCGAUUGACGGCAAAGGCGGCCAAGGCUGCGAGUGGUGGCAGGAUCUCGUACUUCUUCGACUGGCAUGGGCCCUCAAUCACCAUUGAUACGGCCUGCUCAUCGAGCCUGAUCGCCGUCCACCAAGCGGUGCAGAGCCUACGAAACGGGGAGGUUCCUCUCGCCAUUGCUGCCGGUGCCAACCUGCUGCUGGGUCCCUCGCAGUAUGUGGCAGAGAGCAAACUCAAGAUGCUGUCCCCGGGAGGGCUCUCAAGAAUGUGGGACGAGGAGGCCGACGGCUACGCACGUGGUGAUGGAUUUGCCUCGGUUGUGCUUAAACCUUUGAAAGAUGCCAUCAGGGAUGGCGACCGCAUCGAGUGCAUCAUCAGGGAGACAGGAUCGAAUCAGGACGGGAGAACGCAAGGUAUCACUAUGCCAAGCCCCAUCGCUCAAAGCGCCCUGAUCCGCGAGACAUAUCAACGGGCUGGGCUCGACCUGAGCCGCCCGGCCGACCGGCCCCAAUAUUUUGAGGCACACGGCACGGGAACACCGGCGGGCGACCCCGUCGAGUCUGAGGCCAUCAGCACCGCCUUCUUCGGCCCGGACUCGCGGUUUAAGCGCCAGCCGGGCGACGCAAAACUCCUGGUCGGAUCCAUCAAGACGGUCCUCGGCCACACCGAAGGCACAGCCGGCCUGGCCUCGCUGAUAAAGGUCUCACUUGCCCUACAAAACGGCAAGGUGCCGCCAAACCUCCACUUUAACCGACUUAGCCCUUCCGUUAAACCACACUACCAGAACUUGCAGAUUCCAACGUCACUCCUGGACUGGCCAGAGGUGCCUGAAGGAGGUGUGAGGCGUGCUUCCGUAAACAGCUUUGGCUUUGGCGGCGCGAAUGCUCACGCAAUCCUCGAGGCAUAUACGCCCGCGACGGCCAAGGAACUGCUGACCGCCCCGUCACCCUUCUCAUUUGCACCCCUGCUGUUCUCGGCCGCCUCCGACACGGCCCUGGCGGCGAACAUCGCGGCCCACGCUGACUUCGUCGAGAAGGCGAGCGAUGUGAACCUCGGCGACAUUGCACACACUCUGCACAGCCAUCGAUCGGCACUCGCAAAGCGUGCCGUCUUUGCCGCGGCAUCACGGAGUGACCUGGUAGCUCGGCUUCGAGGCCACGCGGCCGAAGACAAGGCCAAAUCGGACGCUGCGGCUCCGCUCGGGCGGUCCCUGUCGUCCCGGCCACGGACCCUGGGCGUCUUUACGGGCCAGGGUGCACAGUGGCCGCGGAUGGGCGCGGAGCUGAUCGAGAGGUCCGAAGCCGUGUCCAGGAUCGUCGACGAGCUCGAGGCGAGCUUGGCCACGCUGCCCCAGCAAGACCGCCCUUCAUGGUCGCUACGAGCAGAAAUGCUAGCACCGGCCGCGUCGUCCCAGAUCGGCAAGGCCGAGUUCUCCCAGCCCCUUUGCACGGCCCUGCAGAUCAUCCUAGUGGAUGUGCUGCGCGAGGCUGGCGUGGUCUUUGACGCUGUUGUCGGCCACUCGUCCGGCGAGAUUGCCGCGGCGUAUGCGGCCGGCGUCGUCACGGCGUCCGAGGCCAUGCGGAUUGCCUACUACCGAGGUUUCCACACCCACAGAUGCGGCGGCGCCGGCGGGCAAUCCGGCGCUAUGAUGGCUGUCGGGACAUCGUUUGAGGAUGCCCAAGAGCUUUGUGCGUUAGACGCCUUCAAGGGACGCCUCUCUGUUGCGGCGAGCAACUCGUCGUCGAGCAUCACACUCUCCGGCGAUGCCGACGCCGUAGCAGAGGCCGCCGUGGUCUGUGAGGAAGAAAAUAAGUUCCAUCGGGCCCUGCGGGUCGACAAGGCGUAUCACUCGCACCAUAUGGUGCCGUGCCUGGGACCGUACGUGGAGUCGCUUCGUGGUGCCUGCAACAUAUCGCCGACGCCGCAGAACGGUUCCGGCUCGGGAUGUGUAUGGAUUUCCAGUGUGUACGCCACGGAUAUUGCCGACGUCCAAGACGACAUCGGGUCUGAGUACUGGGCCAAGAACAUGGGGCAGACGGUCCUAUUCUCCCAGGCUCUCGAGACGGCGCUCCGCGAACGAGGCCCGUUCGACCAGGUCGUCGAGCUAGGUGCCCACCCUGCCCUCAAGGGGCCGGCGAUGCAGGUGAUCGAGGAAACAACGCGCGAGAAAAUCCCCUACGUUGGUACCCUCCUACGUCAGCGCGAUGCCACCGAGGCGCUAGCGGAAAGCCUGGGCGCAUUGUGGGCGGCAAACGGGCGCGCCUCGGUCGACUUGGCCAAGUACGAGGCGUUCCUGUCGGGCGGACGUGUUCAUCAGGUACUCGCCGACGAGCUUCCUCGGUACCAAUGGGAUCACCAGACGGCGUAUUAUCACGACUCGCGCUUGCUGAAGGCGCUGAGGACGUCAUCGAUCAAGCCAAAUGAGCUUCUCGGCACGCGGAUCAUGGACAACAGCCCGAGCGAGGCGCGCUGGCGCAACCGUUUGAGUGCGAACGAGGUCCCGUGGCUCAGGGAUCACCGAGUCCAGAACCAGGCCAUUUUCCCCGGUGCGGGCUACAUCGCAACUGGAUUGGAGGCCGUACGAGAGCUCUUGGGCAACGAGCCACUGCUGCUCGUCAACAUGCAGGACAUCUUCAUCGGGCAAGCCCUGAUCAUCCCGGAGCCGGGAAGCGUGGAGACGUUGGUGUCGGUGACGAACAUCGUCCGAGGCGCCGACAAGAUCACAGCCAGAUUCACCUUUUUCGCCGACGAGGGCAGGGCCGACUCGGUCUCCAUGGCGGAAAAGGCGUCGGCCAACCUAAUCAUCUCGCUCGGGGAACCCGACCCUGAUGCCCUACCACCGCGUCCCGAGCCGGGCCGGGACUACCACAUGCUGGACGUACCCGCCGAACGAUUUUACGACGCGGUUGGCAGUCUUGGGUUCGGCUAUACAGGACCUUUCCGGGCACUUAGCGGGCUCUCUCGAAAGAUGGACUACGCUACUGGCUCCGUAGUCCAACCGGAGCCGACAGAAGGCUUUGGCCGCCUUCUCGUGCACCCGGCCGCCCUCGACGCGGCAGUGCAGUCCAUCAUCUUGGCUUAUUGCUUCCCCGGCGACACCCGCCUCCGUACCACCCAUCUGCCUACGAGAAUCGACAGCCUCCGGGUCAACAUACCCUUGUGUGAGGCCGACCGCAGUGCCCAGACUCCUUUCCGUUCUUCGGUCCCGUCUGGCGGUGGCGUGGAGCUGAGCGACAUUAAUGGGGACGUGGACCUGUACGAUGAGAACGGCUCGACGCUGAUCCAGCUACAAGGCUUGCACACCAAGCCGCUGGUCCCCCCCACCCCUAGCACCGACCUUCCACUCUUCACCGAGUGGGUGUGGGGCCCGUUGAGCCCACACGGGCGCGAUCUCACGCUCCGGGGAGCCGAGGCCGAGGCGGAACGGGACCUGUUUAACGACCUCGAGCGUGUUGCUUACUUCUAUCUGCGCCGGCUUGACGCCGCCAUCCCACCGGAGCAACGCGUGGAUCUGCCGGCCCACCAGACUGCGCUCUUCCGCAUCGACCUGGAGCUCAUGCACGCUGUCGGUGAGAAUCUCGCCAGCGUCAUCCGUGGCGAGAUGAACAUGCUGGAGCCCAUGAUGCAGGACAACAAGCUCAACCGCUUUUAUAUCGAGGCGUUGGGCAUGUCGCGGUACCUUGAGGAACUCUCCCGGAUGGCAGCGCAAAUAAGCCACCGCUAUCCUCAGAUGCACGUGUUGGAGGUUGGCGCGGGUACGGGCGGUGCUACCAAGGUCUUGCUACGGCACCUUGAGGGCGGGUUCGAGUCGUAUGCCUACACGGAUAUUUCGAGCGGCUUUUUCCCUUCGGCACGCGAGACGUUCGAGGCUUACACGGAUAAGAUGACCUUCAAAACCCUCGACAUCGAAAAGGACAUUGCCGAGCAAGGCUACCAGGAGGAGUCCUUUGACCUAGUCAUCGCCAACCUUGUCGUCCACGCGACUAAGGACCUCCAAGUCACCGUCCGCAACCUACGGCGACUCGUCAAGCCUGGCGGCUAUCUGUUGCUGCUGGAGAUCACCGACAACGACCCGCUGCGGUUCGGAUUCAUCUUUGGUGGGCUUCCCGGUUGGUGGCUGGGCGAGGAGGAGGACCGUGGCCUGAGCCCCUGCGUGGAGGUGGCGACCUGGGACCGCAUCCUGCGCAACACGGGCUUCUCGGGCGCCGACGAGGUGACAGUGCGCGACCCGAACAACCCCCUCUCGGUGAUCCUAACCCAAGCUCUCGACGACCGGGUCGAGCUGCUGCGCCAGCCGCUCACGGCGCAGCCGUCAUCGGAGGGGGUGCAGCUUGACAGUUUAACCAUCCUCGGGGCCGAGACGGGCCGCGCGGCCGAGCUCGCCCGCGACGUCGAGGCCCUGCUAUCGCCUUACUUCCGGCGAUCUCGCACCGUCAGCAGCUUGGUCGGGCUGGGGCCCCAAGACCUGCCGCUCAUGGGUACGGUGCUGUCUCUUGUCGAGCUCGACACGCCCGUCUUCAAGGGCAUCACCCCAGAGAGGCUUCGGGGAUUCCAGCAGGUGUUCCAGCAGUCCAAGAACGUGCUGUGGGUCACGACGGGGUACAAGGCAGACGACCCGUACUCGGCCAUGGUAUACGGCGUCGGGCGCAACGUGGUGCUUGAGAUGUCGCACCUCCGCUUGCAGUUCCUGGACCUGGAGACGCUGGCCGCCGCCGACCCCCGAAUCUUGGCCGAGUGCGUGCUCCGCUUCGAGUUCUCAGAUAUGUGGGAACAGGCUGCAGACAAGCGGCCGCUGCUAUGGACGACAGAGCCGGAUCUUGCGUACGAAGAGGGCCGCUUGCGUAUGCCCCGUAUCAAGGUCAGCAAGGAGCGCAACGCGCGCUACAACUCGUCCCGCCGGCCAGUGACCAAGGAGGUCGAUCCCAUAGCGUCGCCCUUGGCCCUGCAGCCGCUGGACGACACGGGCAAAGACUAUGCGCUUGUUGCCCCAUCCGGUCGCCUAGCUGCUGGUACGCGGCUCGACACGGUCAAGAUCCGUGUAGCCAAGUCGAUUCUUAGGGCGGUGAGAGUGCUGGCGACGAAUUAUCUCUUUGUCGUCGCGGGUUUCGCCGAGAAUGGGACGAGCCCGCUCGUAGCCGUCUCGGACUCCCAGGCCUCCGUCGUCGAGGUUGACAGGGCGUGGACCAUGCCUAUCCAGCAUUCCGAGGGGGCCGCCGAUACAGCUGUCGAGACAGCUAUGGAGCAGGCCAUGGUCGCCUUGUACGACGGCCUGCUGGCCCAAGCCCUGCUGCAGGACGUGGAGCACGGCAGGGCGCUGGCCGUGCUCGAUGCCUCUCCGUCCCUGACGCGAGCCCUCAGGAGCAGCGGCCGCUACCGCGGUGUUCAGGUCGUGAGUCUAGCUUCCAAGGCGGCAGCGUCCGGGGUUCCCGGCACCAUACCCGUUCACCCGCGGGAGUCGGUGCGCUCGCUCAAGUCAAAGUUGCCCGCACACGUGGAUAAGCUUGCGAACUUCUCGGACCGCGCAGACCUCGCCCGUACCGUUGCCUCCUGUCUCCCUACCCGCUGCGACUUCCAAGACUGGCAGUCCCUUACUCGCCCAGGCGCGGUUAUAACGGAGCGAACCCUGCUCGGGCUGGCCGACUGUGAGGUCCCGUCCGUGCUGAGGGCCGCGUGGGCUCAUGUCAAAGUCGAUCAACGGUCGACUGACCUCGCCGGGGUGCUACGUGCGGACCCAACGUCGCUGUCCCAAGCGGCAGUAGUCCCCGGUGAUGCUGCCAACCAGGUCUGCCUGGUCGACUGGGCGCGCCGUCCUACACUACCGGCGCGCAUCCAGCCUCUGGUCACCACCAUCACCUUCUCUCCCGACAAGACGUAUUGGCUGGUUGGGCUCACCGGAGGACUCGGCCAGUCGCUCUGCCGCUGGAUGGUAGAGCGCGGCGCCCGCUACUUGGUCCUGACCAGUCGCAAUCCCAAGCUCGACCCCCGCUGGCUCGCAGGCGUGGAGGCGCUCGGCGCCGUUGUCAGGGCCUUCCCCAACGACAUCACCAGCCGCGAUGCGGUCCAGGCUGCAUACCGCACCAUCACGGCCACAAUGCCUCCCAUCGGUGGUGUCGCUCACGGUGCCAUGGUCCUCCACGACUCCAUGUUUGCCGAGGUCACGGUCGAGAAGAUGGACAAGGUGCUGCGACCCAAGGUCGACGGUGCCAUUCACCUGGACGAGAUUUUCUACGAUGCUCCCCUGGACUGGUUUGUAUACCUUUCAUCCGUGGUCGUCAUCACCGGCAACAAAGGACAAGGCAUCUACGCAGCAGCCAACAUGUUCCUCAACUCGAUGACCAUGCAGCGGAGGAAGCGCGGCGUCCCGGCGGCGGCCGUGAACAUCGGCGCGGUGCUCGGCAACGGCUACGUGACGCGCGAGCUCAACCACCAACAGCAGACGUUCCUGCAGGAGGUCGGCAACAACUGGCUCAGCGAGCAGGACUUCCUCACCAUCUUUGCCGAGGGCGUCGCCGCCAGCCGCGUGGACUCGACCGAGGCUGUCGAGAUUACAACCGGCCUGCGCAUGCUGUCGUCGCGCGACGAGAACGUUACAUGGGCUACUAAUCCUAAGUUCCAGUACCUCGUCCAAGCCCACGUGGCGUCGGCGGCUGCUAAGCUCGCCAAGUCGAGCAAUGUCUCGCUCAAGAAACAGCUUGAAGACGUCAAGACGAUCCAGGAUGCGUCCGAGAUUUUGGAGGAUGCCUACACAAGCAAGCUCAGGGCUGUCCUGCAAAUCGCUCCCGACCGGGAUGUCUUGAGCGCCGCCCUCGACGACCUCGGCAUGGACUCCCUUGUCGCCGUUGAGAUCCGGUCUUGGGUGCUCAAAGAAUUGAGCGCCGAUAUCACCGUUCUCGAAGUCCUCAACAGCGGGACCGCUGGAGCGCUGUUCGAGCUUGUCAAAGAGCGUGCCCUAGCCUCUCUUGCGCUCUUAGACUCCGGAGAGCAGCCCGAUCAGGUGAAGAGUCCUCGGGCCGCCCCGCUAGACCUCGUAUCCGGCCACGGCGGCGGCGACCGCCGCCCUUCUACUGUAGUCGACGUGGCCGACACCUCGCUGGACCAAGGCUCGUCGUGGGAUUCUGGGUCCUUGCGGGAGGCAUCCAACGGCCACGACUCAACCAUCUUGAGCAGCACCGCGCCGAGCUCCCCUAUCUCGAAACCUGCGGGGGUCGACGCGAGCGACCUCGAACAGACGCCUAUCCCCGAGGAUUCAGAAGAGCCGGUGGCCUCGUCCCCAGACGCCGGCCUCGCCCGAUCUGUGCCCCUGUCAUUCAGCCAGGCCAGGUUCUGGUUCCUGAGGCACUUCUUGCCGGAUCAGAGUGCUUUCAACAUCACCAGCGUGGUUCGCAUGCACGGCCGGCCGGACAUGGAGCGCCUAGCACGAGCCAUCAAGGCCGUAGGUAACCACCACGAGGCAUUGCGGACCGCAUUCCGCGUAGGAGAAGGCAACGAGCCUGUGCAGGCCGUGCUCAAGGAGACGGUGUUGGUGCUCGAGCACCGGGACAUUUCCGACGCUGACGACGUCACCCCGGCGUACGAGGCGGUGCAGCGUCACGUCUAUGAUCUAGAGGCCGGCGAGACGAUGCGGCUUCAAGUGCUGACCCUCUCUCCCACCGAGCACUUUCUCAUCCUUGGCUACCAUCACAUCAACAUGGACGGCAUCAGCUUCGAGGUUCUGUUCAACGACCUUCAGAAGGCGUACAGGGGCGUUGAGUUCACGCCCGGCGUGGCGCAGUAUCCCGCAUUCUCCAUCCUCGAGCGCGACGAGUACCGGUUGGGGAAGUGGAAGACCGAGCUUGACUUCUGGAAGGCCGAGUUUGCGCACUUGCCCGAGCCUCUGCCCCUGCUCCCGCUCUCGCAAAGGGCCUCGCGCCCGGCCGUGGCCCAGUACGCCACCUUGCGGGUGGAGCGGCGCAUCCCGGCCGAUCUGUCUGCCACCAUCAAAAGUGCCGCGCGCAAGUUCGGGGCGGGUGUCUUUGCCUUCUACCUCGCCGUGCUCAAGGCGCUGGUCGUCCGUUACGUGGACGUCGACAACCUCUGCAUCGGCCUGGCGGACGCAAACCGGAGGAGAGCCGAGGUGCUCGAGAGCAUCGGGCUCUACCUCAACCUCGUUCCGUUGAACGUGCCGUGCGACCGGACCCAGCCGUUCAGCGACGCCCUGCGAGAGAUGCACACCAAGUACCAGCGCGCCUUUGCCAACGCGCGGGUGCCGUUCGACGUGCUUCUCCACGAGCUCGAUGUGCCCCGCUCGUCCUCGCACCCGCCGCUCUUCCAGGUGUUCAUGAACUACCGUCAGGGCGUGAGCGAGGCCCGCGAGUUCUGCGAUUGCGAAUGCGAGGGCGAGCUCGUCAGCGGCGGCCAGCUCGCCUACGACAUUGCGGUAGACGUCGUGGAGAACCCUGGUGGAGAGACCAACGUCAUGCUCUCGGUGCAGCAGUCGUUGUACAACGCGGCCAGCGCCGAGGUCCUGUUGGACUCUUUCUUCAGCCUGAUGGAAGGCUUUGCGGCCAACCCAAUAUCGCGCAUCAGCAAACCGCCCCUUCACAGACAGACGGCCAUCGAGCAGGCGGUGGAGCUGGCGAACGGCCCCAUCUUGGAUUUGGCGUGGGCACCCACGGUCUCGCACAGGAUCGACGAGAUGAUUCAGGCGCACCCGGACAAGCUCGCGCUCACGGACGGUCAAGGCACCGACUUGACCUACGCCCAGCUGGGAGCCAGCGUCAAUGGCAUUGUGCAGGGCUUGCGCGAGGUGAGAGCGAGCAACGUGGUUGGGGUUCUCCAGCACCCCACCCCUGCCGCGAUUUGUUCGAUUCUCGCCGUACUGAAGGCUGGGCUGACCUACGUCCCCCUGGAUCCCCGCGUCGGGCCGGCGAAGCUAGCGGCUAUCGUGGGCGAGGCCAAGCCCUCGUGCAUCCUCGUAGACGACGCCACCGAGGUCGACAUUGGCUCCUUCUCGUUGGAUGACACGGCCAAGGUCAGAAACGUGGCGAGUUUGCCGCCGUCAGAAGACCGCCUUCCGAUCGAGGCGGUGCCGGCGGGUACUGCCGUCUUGCACUGUGCGGCCGCAUCGAGACGGCCUGUGUCCGAGCUCGCCGUUCAAGAGGGCAGCGAGACCAUCCUCCAGCAAACCGCCUUCAGCUUCGACAUAUCCCUUUUCCAGUCACUUCUAGCUCUGACCACCGCAUCGACUCUUGUCGUUGCUCCCCGCGAAGUCCGCGGCGACCCGGCAGCGCUAGCGAAGCUCAUGCUCAUUGCGGGCGUCACCGUGACCGCCGCCACGCCCACCGAGUACGUCCACCUCAUCGGACACGGCGCGAGCCAGCUCAAGCAAAACGAUAAAUGGCGGCUCGCCCUCUGCGGCGGCGAGAAGCUGAGCGACCAGGUCGUCAGCGGCUUCCGGUCCCUGAACAGACCCGAGCUUACCUUGGUCAACGACUACGGGCCCGCGGAAGCGACCUUCCGGUGCAGCACAACGGUUGUGCCGUAUCAAGAAGAAGAUGGGCAAGAAUUGGCCCGUACCACCCCACUCAAGACAUGCGCCAACUCUGCUGUCUAUAUCCUCGGCGACGAUAUGAAGCCGCUCCCUGUUGGCCUUACGGGCGAGGUAUGCGUCGGCGGCGCCGGUGUCGGGCUGGGGUACCUGAACAACCACCAGCUGUCCGCGCAGAGAUUCAUCGCGAACCCAUAUGCCAGUCCCGCGUUUGUGGCCCGGGGCUGGACCACCAUGCACCCGACGGGCGAUCGCGGCAGACUGAGCCCUGACGGAGGGUUGAUCCUGGAAGGGCGCAUCGACGGAGACACCCAGGUGAAACUUGGCGGUAUCCGCAUCGAGCUAGAGGAGGUUGAGCGCGCCGUCAUCAACGACUCCCAGGGCGCUAUCCGAGAGGCAGCGGUCUCGGUUCGGACCGACGAGGCCUCGGGCACCGAAUACCUUGUGGCACAUGCGGUGAUGCAAGACCGCGCAGAUUCAACGCCGGCGCACGUCGAUUGGCUCCAGCAGCUGCAGAGCCGUCUCAGCCUCCCGCGGUACAUGGCCCCUUCGGCGAUCGUACCCGUGGCGGCCCUACCCCUCAGUGUCUCAGGGAAGCUCGACCGGCGCGCCCUCCGGGAGCUGCCAGUGGCUACUGCGCUGACAACUCAGACCCCGGCCGAAGAGUCCGAGGGCUUGCCUGCCAUGCAACAUCUCAUCAAGCAGCUAUGGGAGCAAGUCAUUCCGAACGGUCUCCUGGCGGGACGAGAUAUCGGUCCCAAGACAGACUUCUUCAACGUCGGUGGCUCUUCGCUUCUUCUCGUCCAGCUCCAGGCUCUGCUGAGGGAGCAAUUCAGCGUGGCGCCCUUGGUGCAAGAGCUGUUCCAGGCCUCGACCCUGGAAACCAUGGCGGCACUCGUCGCCAGCGGGUCCGGGUCAUCCACCCAGCAGGGUUCAGACACCACCCCCGCCCCCAUCGACUGGGAAGCCGAAGCCGGGCUUCUCCAAGACGCAUAUUACAACUCUACCACGGAGAAGAAGCAAAGCGGACCCGCCGUUGCUAACCCGCCCAAGGUCGUCGUCUUGACCGGGUCCACGGGAUUCCUCGGCCGGCACCUCCUCGAGCGCCUCCUCCGCACAAGCCACAUCGAGAAGGUCUACUGCGUGGCAGUGCGCAAACAGCCGGCGGAGCUCCCCGGCAUCUUCAACGACCCACGCGUCGAGGUAUUCCCGGGCGACCUGAGCCUUGCCGGGCUGGGCCUCAGCGACGCCGACACGGAGCGGGUCUUCUCCACCGCCGACGCCGUCCUCCACAACGGCGCCGACGUCUCCUUCAUGAAGACAUACAUCUCACUACGGCCAACCAACGUGGCUGCAACCCAGCAGCUGGCCGCGCUCGCGCAGCGCCAAGGCCGCCGCAUCCCCUUCCACUUUGUGUCGUCGGCGGCCGUCACGCAGCUGACGCCGCUCGACGAGGUGGGCGAGGUCUCGGUCGCCGCGUACCCGCCCGCGGUAUCCUCCCCCUCCUCCUCGUCGUCCGCCGGCGGCUACGUCGCGGCGAAGUGGGUCAGCGAGCGGCACCUGGAGCAGGUGGCGCAGGCGCACGGCCUGCCCGUCACCAUCCACCGGCCGUCGAGCAUCCUGGGCAACGAUGCCAGCGACGUCGACCUGAUGGGCAACCUGUUCCGGUACGUGGAGCGGCUCCAGGCUGUGCCCGAGAGCCGCGAUUGGAAGGGCUACUUUGACCUGAUCUCGGUGCACACGGUGGCGGCGGCGAUUGUCAAGGCGGUGGUGGCCGCUAGGGAGGAGGAGCAGGAGGAGGAGGAGGGACACGAGAAGGGAGGCCCUGCAGGUCGGGUGAGGUAUCAGUACGAGGCGGGCGAGAUUGUAUACCCGCUGUCUACCGUGGCGGAUAUGGGCGAGUUGGAGGCCGCGGGGUUCGUUUUGAAGACCCUGCCGCUGGAGGAAUGGGUUGCGCAAGCCGAGGGAGCGGGCUUGAAUCCGCUGUUGGCGGCGUAUCUGAAGGCUGCAGCCGGGGGUGGUGUGAGGUGGGCCUUCCCGAAGUUGGUGAGCUCGACGGUGUAA